AUGGACCAAUUACCACCUUCCCAGUAUUGUUAUCCGUGGAAUAAUGCAUCAUGCAUCAAAACGGUCAGGCCUGCGUACGAGUAUUCACUAAUGCUGUUCGUGUUCUCAGUGAUCUCCUCGAUCACUGUGGUAGUGAACCUGCUGGUAGUCAUUGCCAUCGCACACUUUAAGCAGCUUCACACACCCACGAACCUUCUCAUCCUCUCGCUGGCCGUGGCUGACCUCCUAAUCGGAGCCAUUGUCAUUCCGGUAGAGGCGGUGAAACUAACCGAGACAUGUUGGUACUUUGGGCAACACUUUUGUUUUAUCUUCCAGUGUGUCGUGUACACGCUGCUGUCCUCCGCUCUUGGCCAUUUCGUUGUGAUUGCCGUGGACAGAUAUGUGGCAGUGCAUGACCCCCUCCUGUACACUCAGAGGAUAACGGUGAAGAGGACGCUCACAUCUCUUGCCGUUAUUUGGUCGUGCUCUGUGCUAUAUAACCUCCUGCUGCUUUAUUGUAACAACAGCCUUAAUGUAUCGGGAGGUAGCGGGGUUUGCCAUGGACAAUGUUUGCUGUUUGUUAGCUUUGAGUGGGCAUUGUUUGAUAUCUUCAUCUCUUUCAUCGCUCCGUGUGCCAUCAUGAUCACUUUGUACCUGAGAAUCUUUCAAGUGGCAACCUACCAGGCCCAUGCCAUUCAUUCGAUUUCGGCUAGCAUGGGUCACACAGGCGAUGCUAAAUUGCCUGUAAAAUCAGCAGAGGGCAAAGCAGCAAAAACACUGGGGAUUGUCAUGGCGGUCUAUUUGCUCUGUUGGAUACCGUAUUAUCUCUCUCUGCUCACUGCAGAUGGUACCUUGUCCUCAGAAACCAUUAUGACUCUUCUCUCGUGGAUUCUGUACACUAACUCGUGUGUGAACCCUAUCAUUUAUGCAUUGUUUUACUCAUGGUUUAAAAUGGCACUUAAAUACAUCUUGACUCUGAAAAUAAUGGAUUCUUCCUCAUCCUUUUUUAAGUUAUAG